AUGAUCGUGAGCAAAGUAGACAGCCAGUGUAUCGUCAUUCGCAGUCAGCAAGACCGCGCUUGGCAGAUAGAUCUGAGCUGGGCUCGCAUAUCGCUCGUCUUUAUCGUAGUCGGCGCCGGCAUAAGCACGAGAAAGCAAGAGCAACCUGACGUCGUUGACUUGUAUGAUGGAUCACCCUCUCAAGCAGAGGCAGUGUCAUGGGCGCCUCAGAUCCUGGCUUGCUCGCUUCUUGUGAUGGCGUGCCUCUCGCCUAGUACGAGAGCGAGUGCGCAUGAAGUGGUCUACCGUCGACGAUCAUUCUCAGGCAGGCAGAUCACGACUGUACAGCUCGCUUCGAGUUCUUCUCAUCGAUUACGCUGUGCUGCCCCCUCGUCAUCAUGCGUCAAAGCUGAAGCACCCAGCCAGCAAGAGAACCGAUUUCCUUGCUCGCCCGAGCUCAAGCCUCGGCCCCCUCUCGCAAAUUAUCAGUUGAUGCGCUUGCGAGUGACUGGGCGUCUUGCCUCAUAUUCCAUAGCGUGUCCGAGGUAUCAAACGCCACUCCGUCAGCCUGCUGCAGUUCGCAAUAGCCCCCGAGUGUCGGCAUCAGCUGCGACGUACUUUGCAUCUUCACGGUCGUUCGCCCUGGCAGAGGUGCCCCCUUCCAUAGAGAGGCCUGCGAGGACGCUGCAAAUGGUGGAGAGCUCGCCCUCGAUCUCGUUAGACCAGCAUGAGCAGAUCCUAUUGGAUCAACUCGACAAGUUCUGUACGCUGCUACGGACGCAAAGAUCCGACCUGCCACCGAUUGAGCUCAGGGUCGCUGGCGGCUGGGUGCGAGACAAGGCAAGCUGCAAGGAUUCGUUCGCGCAGUUGCUGGGCCUGCCCUCGUCAGAUCUCGACAUCUCAACCUCAUCUGUGACGGGCUUCCAAUUCGCACAGCUCUUCAUCGAGUACUUGCAUAGCCUACCUCGAACAGAUGCAACCGGCUCAAAGCCACCCACGAUUGCCAAGAUUGAAGCCAAUCCCGAUCAAUCCAAGCAUCUCGAGACUGCCAAGACGACGCUCUACGGUCUCGAGAUUGAUUUCGUCCAGCUCAGAAGUGAGGAGUAUGGCAGUGCGAGCAGGAUACCGUCCGAAGUCGUAUUCGGUACGCCGCUACAGGAUGCACUCAGGCGCGACAUCACCAUCAACACGCUCUUCUACAACGUUCAUACAAGACAAGUGGAAGAUCAUACCGGCAAAGGCCUCGAUGAUCUACGAGCUGGGCGUAUAAGAACCCCGCUCGAGCCCAGUCAGACUUUCAUGGACGAUCCGCUACGGGUCUUGCGUUGCGUGCGAUUCGGCAGUCGGUUUGGCUACACGCUCGAUCCUAGUAUCGUCGCAGCAGUCAAGACUGAGACGAUCAGAGAAGCUGUACGCACGCGAGUGAGCAAGGAACGAGUAGGCAUAGAGCUCGACAAGAUGCUCAAGGCUGCCGAACCUCUUCAUGCCUUCGAGAUCAUGGACCAGCUCGACCUCUUGCCUGUCAUCUUCUCCUUCCCCCGAGAGCUCGCCAUCACGGUCAAUGAGCUCGAGAACGUAUCCGUCCUUGCAGCAGCGCGUUAUCUGAGACAGGUGCUUGAGCAGCCAGGACCUCAACGGAGACUGCUAGAGACGAUUCGAAGUGAUUCAAUUGCUCUGAAAAAACUCUGGCUCGCUAUCAGUCUGAUCCCCUUCCGCCAUAGCUCAUUUCAAGAGAAGAACAAAACGGUUGCGCUCGUUGAUCGUGCCAUCGGCUAUUGCCUCAAGUUGGGGAACGAUGACAGGUCUUGGGAGGUCGCCAUCUUUGCGGCCGUCGCUGCAAUGCAGCGGCUCAGCCGAGAUCCGAAUGAAGACGAUACAAGUGAGCGCGUACGUCUUGGCACGACGCUCCGCGAAUAUACACACCCUAGAUCAAGGACAAUGCCCGAUUGGCGUACAGCUCUUCUACUCGCCGACGUGAUCAACUGUGCGACAGACCCACCGCAAGACACAGCAUGGAUCGCUCGUCUUGCAGGACGCGUUGAGGCUCUUCAUCUGGAUGGAGAUGCGUACGCAAAGCCAUUGCUCGACGGCAAGCAGAUCUGCGAAGCGCUCGGGAUCAAGCCGUCGAAAUCAAUCGGGGCAUUGCUGAACCAAGUGGUGGCGUGGCAACUCGACCAUCCUGGUGCUACAACUGAUGAAUGCCGACGAUGGCUCGUUUCAGCACAUGCUGACGGGUCUCUCAAUGUCGAAGGGCCACUUGUUCUUGGCAGCCUAGAUGGCGCUCGAGCUCGUUCGGGGACCAGUAUGAACUCUCUGAGCAAUAUCAAGCGGUUGAGGAGUAGCUCGGACGACGGCAGCGAGUCGUCUCGGGCAUCAUCAACUUUCAAGAGAUCUGCCUCACAGGAAUUAGGGAGCAUCCACCCUGGCACCUCUACUGGUCGGACGCCCAUUGUCACCUCGCCCGGCUCCCCAGAAAGCAGUCUCCUGGGCGAGACAGAUCAUCUGUCCAUAGAGCCGACCGCUUACGCCUCGUACAUUGCGACCGCUCCCUCCUUGCAAGGACAGCUCUCUGGUACUUCAAGCUACACGCCCUCAGUCUAUACAAGCCUGGACGGAGACGACAGUCCUGCACAGCACAUCAUGGGCGACGUGCCCGUACCACCCACCAUAAGCGCUUCACGUCCUCUUGCCCGCGCGCCAGCAGGCGUUACUCUGCCCUCUGGGCCAGAGCAAGUAAGACUCAUCAAUCAGCUCAAGAAUGGCACAUCUCUCGUGCUUGGCGAUGCUUGGUAUCUCGUUGCGACGCCUUGGUAUAAAACUUGGCAGGCGCAUAGCUCAGGAGAAGCGAGCGAGGAGAAAGGAGAUGAGGACUGGCAGAUGGUCGCUGCCGGACCAGACGGGCCGGGUCCUAUCACCAAUGCCUCGCUUAGCCUCGACGCACGAGGUCGCCUUGAAGGUACUCCGGAGGAGGAAGUCGACUAUAUACCAUUGCCUGAGCGCGCCUGGCAGUUACUCCUUGAUUGGUAUGGACUGCGAGAUUACGAGAUCAAACGCUCCGUCAUCUCAACGAGGACCUUGCCGGGAAACGAGCAGCUCGAAUGCAUACCGCCCUCGAUCAUCCUAUACCUGAUCAGAGACGCCGGUACCUACAUCUACGCCGAGGCGGGUGACUCUGGCCGCUCUCUCUCUGCGGCUUCGACCGUUCAGACUCUUGUCGACUUUGCACGACGCGCUUACAGCCUAUCUGCGACGCAGAAAUUACGUUUCUGGCGCUUGUUGCCUGACAGCGCCCGGUCAAGCGCAGCUUCGCUUGCGACACUUAUGACCGGUGCCGAGCUUGUCGGUGACGGUCUCGAUGGCGUGCUCGAGCCUGAAGAAAACCUUUUGAACGCGACAUUGGCUGAACGCUGGACGCCACUGGCUGUCGAAGUAGCGCACGACAAUGGGGCGUGGGUUCUGCCUACAGACUCGGAAGGCGUGCUGCAGCUUGCCAGCUCGUUGCCUACAUCGCAACCCGUCCUCGCAGGCUCACGAGGCUUCUUCAGUACUUCGGCAUUUCCCACUUCGUCUGGUCCGACGGCAAGUACGAGUCAGAUCAAUUCUCUUGUGGCCAAGAGAAAUACACACGGUAUGACGUCUUCGCGCGAUUCCUCGCCUGCAGGCACGGAAGAGAAGCUCGGUAUCACCGCCAGACUGCUUCGAAGUCAUGCAGCUAGCACAGGUCGUUCGAGAGGCCUCACUGGUCUCGGGAAUUUAGGCAAUACAUGCUUCAUGAACAGCGCAUUGCAAUGCUUGAGCAACACGCCGGAGCUGCAACGUUACUUUACUUCUGGCGCAUACAAAAGCGAACUGAAUCCAGACAAUCCCUUGGGCAUGAACGGAGAGGUUGCAGAGGCUUUUGGUCAGCUGAUGCAGCGUAUCUGGACUGGCGGGUCAAACUCGUACACACCACGCGAGUUCAAAGCAAUGAUUGGCCGAUUCCGGCCCGUCUUCCUAGGCUGGCAACAGCAAGAUUCGCAAGAGCUGCUCGCUUUCCUUCUUGACGGCUUACACGAGGACCUUAACAGGAUCAAAAAGAAGCCUUACGUCGAGCAACCUGACUGGACUGGGGGCGAUGACGAAGAGCUGAUGAACUUGGCAAAGACGUCUUGGGAUCAGUAUAAAUCGCGCAAUGAUAGCAUCAUCGUCGAUCUCUUUCAAGGACAGUACACAAGCAAGGUUGUAUGCCCCGAUUGCGCCAAGGUCUCCAUCACUUUCGAUCCGUUCAUGUAUUUGACGCUUCAGCUGCCAAGUAAGACUUGGAUUGGACAUGUCUACUUCGUCCCGAUGGACCCUGCAAAGCCGCUGCUCAAGUUCAUGAUCAAUAUGCCUGGCACGACGACCAUAAGUCAAAUCAAAGCUUACAUCGCUGCUCGGACUGGCAUCGAUGCACGCAAGAUGAUGUCUGUGGAGGUCUACAACAGGCGAUUCUUCAAAUGGUGGUCAGAUGACGAAGUGAUCAAUGACAUCAAGGUUGCCACCGAUUCUGUCAUGUUCUUUGAGAUUCCCGUUCGCUGCUUGCAGCAAACGGCGGCUCCUUACAGCCGCAGGUCUUCACUGAUUUUCGAGAACGAUGAUUAUGCGAUACUGCCGGUAGCGCAUCGGAGACCAAGCAGUCGUCGAACUGGUCGAAUGUACAAAAAGGCCGAGAAUGACCUGUUCGGCUUGCCAUUCGUGGCGGCUUUCAAAAAGAGCGAGAUGCCUAGCAUUGACCAGAUCUCCGACUAUCUGCUCAAACAGUACGCCCGACAGAAUCAGAGACAGAACGUCUCUCAACACGAUCCAGAUCAGACAGCACACGCAGAUACGCAGCAGACAUCGUUGACAGAUAAGCCAGGAGAACAAACCGCGCCACGCCCUCGAUUUACGCUUCUGGUCCCGCAAGAAACGGCAGAUCGCCCUCCCACAGAUGCUUCAGCGCUUGAAACUGCGCUCGUCAGCCUGGAGGCUCGAAUAGACCGCGAAAGCAGGCCGCAAAAGGCUGCUGGCAUCAUUCCCGGCGCGUUCGAGCAGGAGGAUGACAGCGAACUCAACGCACGGUAUGCGACAGAUGACGCUGCGACUGCGAGUCCGGCUACAGACGCUGCUGGUCAGGGACCGACAAUUGUUCGCACCGGUGACCACUUACUAGUCGAUUGGGACGAUGAGGCAUAUGAUGCAUACUUUGGCGAUGCACCGACGCCUAAUUUGUCCGAAACAGCGCAACUGAAUGCGCUCUUUACCGUCUAUCAGGAGCCAGAAUCGGGAGAUGCGGACAGCAAGACGGGUCUCACGAUUGAUAAAUGUCUCAAGGACUUCACGCGAGCAGAGCAACUCACUGAAGACAAUGCCUGGUACUGCAGCCGGUGCAAGAAACAUCAGCAAGCAGAGAAAAAGAUCGAUUUGUGGAAGACACCAGAUGUGCUUGUCAUCCAUCUCAAGCGAUUCAGUAACGUUCGCUAUUCUCGAGACAAGAUCACCGACUUUGUCGACUUUCCAAUCGAGGGUCUUGACCUUGAGCAACAUGUACUGGGUCGCAAGACAGCCGAGCGACUUAGAGCAGAGAAGGGUGCCGACUAUGCGAUAGACGAAGCGCUCGACGAGCCCUUGCUCUACGACCUCUUUGCUGUCGACAAUCAUUACGGCGGUAUGGGCGGUGGGCACUAUACCGCAUAUGCACAGAACGUCGAAGAUGGCAAAUGGUACAAUUAUGACGAUUCGCAUGUAUCACCCGUCGGUGCAGCAAAUGCUGUCAAGACGCAAGCUGCAUAUUUGCUUUUCUAUCGUAGAAGAACACACCGCAUCAUCGGCGGAAAGUCGAUCGACGUCGUCAAUUCAGCCAUUCACUCUCGCGAUGUAUCGCAAAACGGCAGUCGAGCGCCGUCAUCUGCGGGUGAUCUCGAGAUGGACGAUGAGCCAGUCCGCCGCUCAGGCUACCGUGCUCGAGCUUGGGGUCCGAUAGACACGCCGCCGUCGCCAGUCUCACCGGGUUCGAACGCAUCUCACGAGGUCGAGAUCGGAUCAGACAAGGAGAGCGAGACAGGACUGCGCUUACAGUUCAUGCCGCCAGACGAUGAUAUGGAAACUUCAGAGGUUCAUCUGACGUGACGUCGCUCGUGCACGCUCGCAAGAGAACGCAGAGAAGUACGGGCUGUAAAUGGAGAGCUGCCAUAGAGACUAUGCAUGUGAUAUUACAACUUCAAUUUACUACUCUUGGGUGAGCUUGGCGGGGUUAUAGCACGAAGCUCCUUCUCUGCGGCUACAUGCUUGAGCUUGGCUUCUACGCCUUGCGACUUGCGCAUUGCCAGUGAGAUGCUCUGCUCGGAUCGACGACGACGAUGGGCAGGUCUUGCUGCGACGCUACUCGGACUUUUGAGCGCAGAGCUUGAUGCUUUGGAAAGAGUCGCAGCGUUGCCAGCCCUGGCCGUAGGCGUAGAUAAUACCAGACUGGGCAUCAAUACGCCUACUUGAGAUACUGUGCGCACGUUCGCUUUGCGCCGCUUCGGGCGACUCUGUCCAGCGAAAAAGCGAAUGUACAGAAACGUCUCUGCUGCACCGAUGAAGACACUAGCGAACCCAGCCAGGCAGAGCUUCUGGAUGGGC